AGGAAAAACAUUUUAUAUUAUACACACAUGAUCAUUGUCAGAAACAAGUGUACAGUAGUGUACUUCCACAACAAACAAAGGCACAGGGUAGAAACACAAAACAGAGUCGACAUACUGUAGACACUGAGGAUUGGCAUUUGAGCCUUCUAUAAAUACACCCAAUAAGCAUCCAAUUACUGAGCAAUGUUUCUGGCAGCCUGGUCACGGCUGGUGCUGUUGUGCAGUGGUGGUACAUUCUGAUCACAGUGUGAGGCCUACACACUACAUGCCGGACAACUCGAGUCCAACAAUCCAACCUGCUGAGUCUUGACAAAGCAUGGGGUCUCCAAGCAGUGUGCGUAUGGGAUUCAAACAUGCCUGCAGAAAAGAGAGUAGAACUGCAUUGUGAGUUCUCUCAAACCACCUAUGUAUAUGAAUCCACAGUCACACAGGAACUGUUUAGUUUGAGGCAAGUUAACACAGGUCAUUGGGGUUUAAUUUCAGAUUAAAGAACUGAAAAUUGUAACCAUAGUACCCUUCUGAAGUCAUAGAACUCUAUAUGGGUAUUUUCUAAAAACAGAACAGAGAUGUCAUCUGAAUAGCUUGGGGUUGUGCUGCUGUAACAAUACAUGACAGCAAACAGAACUACAAAAGACCUAGCCUGUGAUUCUAGGAGUAGGAAUACAUUUUGGGCUGAAAUAUAUAAUGGGUCUGAUAUAUUAACUCUCAUUGAACAUGAAAAUACAGAUUCUAACUAAACCACAAAUAAUGAUUAAAGGAAGAAUUUGGGAUGUAGGCCUAAUGAGUUACCAUUGAGGAGGUCUGGCCUUGAUGCCUGUCAAACUUCCUUAGCCCCCUCUUCUCUCCCUCGGGGCCCUGCAGUCAGACACAGACUACGGUAUGAGAGCCCUCGUUUGGUGAGGGAGGGCUUUUGUUAGUAAUCACAGUUCACUUUGGAGUUGCCAAGCAGGACCAAGUCGGAAUUCCACUCGUCUUUCAACUCCGACCAUAGUGGACUUCAGCAAAGUCUGCAAAAAGAUGGAAAACUACUUUCUAAAAUGGAUCCUAAACUUUUGCAUGUUCUGCACCGUGUCAGGUGAAGGAUGCUCUCUGGAGCUGAAACCCUCCAGGGUGGUGGUGGGGUUUGGGGAACCUGUUUCCGUCAGCUGUGAGGCCUCUCGCCCGGUGCGUGUCUUAGGCUGGGAGUCAGCCAUCGGGGCAGCACACACCCAACAGGACCGUGCUGUCCAAUGGAAGGUGGACAGUCUGAUCGACUGGAUCGAGGAGCCUAUCUGCUAUGGAGUCUUCUUCACUGCACCCAGACAGUGUGAGGAGAAACUCAACCUCAUUCUUUACAAGACUCCAGACAGUGUCACUAUCAGCUCAGCGAACCACACUGGUCCCAUGUUGGAGGGGAAAGAGUACCAGCUGCUCUGUGAUGUCCAGAACAUUGCCCCCGUUCAAUACCUCACCCUGAGGUGGUACAGAGGGCAGACUGAAGUUUACAACCACUCUUUCUCUGAUCUGACCCCAGCCUCCCCUGUCCAAGUAUCCUCCAUCCUCCUGAUCACCCCAACCAAAGCUGAUAAUGGAGCCCAGUACAAGUGCGUGGCUCAGCUGGACUUGGGACCAGAGGGACCACAACCGCCUCCUUCAGUGACAUCAGAGCCUCUCAACGUCUCUGUGCACUACCCCCCAUCCUUCCUCAGUCCUGAGGCUGAGACCCUGGACAUCGGUAUGGGGGAUGAAAUCACAUUAAACUGCACGGCUACAGGAAGCCCCAGUCCUGUGUACAGCUGGCAGUCUUCAGAUCCCAAAGAGAAGAUGGAGGACCUACCUCUUUUUACCUCUUCCUCCUUGCUUCCAGGGACCUACACCUGCAUUUCUUCUAAUACGAUUGGCAAGAAGAGUAAGCAGUUCAUCAUCAAGACUAAGUCUUAAGGUGUGAGAAUGUCAUCAUUGUCAGCCAGACCAUCGCACAGAAAAAAAAAGGAAUCGCCUUACAUUUUUAAAGACUUUGGUCAUGUAAUAGUUUAUAGUAGCAUAUUGUGUUAUGAUUGAUUCUUGUUGUUGUUAUUGCAACAUAACGUAUACUUUGAUGUGUUUAAAUAUAUAUGUAGGGUAUACAGUUCACUUUCAGUGUGGAGAACCCUAGAACGAGAGGUAGUGUGAAUAAUUAUAUCCAUUAAUAAGCUAUGCAUUAACUUUAUUUUGGAAAUCUACGUUGUUGUUUUUUGUUCUCUUUUUUACAUGCAUAAAAACACUAAUAAAAUGACAAAUGUAUAUUUA